GCACUUCCUUGCGUAGCGCACCUACCAAUACUCAGGCAUCAGCAUGGAAGACUCAAUGGAGAGAGUGGCAAAGCAGUGUGGCAAAGAGCUGGAUACAUUCCAACGCUGCAUCCUGGCCAACCAGACUUCUCCCUCAACUUGCGACCCUUACAAGGUCGCCCUCUCCCAAUGCGCCGCCCAGGCUGUCCCUCUCAUGAGCAAGAUCAAGGCUCAAUGUAAGCCUGCCAUCUUGGCCUUCGAUGGUUGCAUCAAUGAUGCGAAUCGCAAGGGGUUGAGCGAUGAGGAGACGAAUGAGGCGUGUGGCGGACGACUGAGGGAGCUGUGGACAUGUACAGAGAGGGCGCAGGCUGAGCUGCGAGACGACGGAGCAAAGAAGCAAUGA